GAGGAGGUGAGGGGCAAGAUGGCGGCCAGCGGCCUUCAGCUGGCCGCGGCUGUGGGCGGUACGUUUGUGAAGCCCAUUUUCAGUCGCGACCUGAACGAAGCCAAGCGGAGAGUGCGCGAGCUCUAUCGCGCCUGGUAUCGGGAGGUACCGAACGCAGUGCACUUAUUCCAGCUAGACAUCACCGUGCAGCAGGGACGGCAUAAAGUCCUAGAAAUGUUUAUGAAGAAUGCACAUGUUACGGACCCCAGGGUGGUUGAUCUUCUGGUCAUUAAGGGAAAGAUGGAACUGGAGGAGACCAUUAAUGUCUGGAAGCAACGCACACAUAUCAUGCGGUUCUUCCAUGAAACAGAAACACCGAAGCCGAAGGAUUUCCUGUCCAAGUUCUAUGUUGGCCAUGACCCCUGAAGUCACUCAUGCAAAGGUGCAUGUUGUUAUUUAAUUAUUUUAAAUAAAUUCAGCAUGCUGCAAAAAA